GGUUCAAAAUUGUGACUGAUUGCAAUUCCCUUACGUUAACGCUCAACAAAAUUGAACUCAACCCGCGUAUUGCCAGAUGGGCUUUAGAGCUGCAAAAUUGUGAUUUUGAGCUGAGCCAUAGAGAAGGCAGCAGAAUGCAACAUGUAGAUGCGCUGAGCAGAUGCACAAAUAUGCCAAGCCAAGGAUCACAAAGUACAAAAAAUUAAGCAACAGCUAGAUGAAAAUGAACACAAGCUUUUCGAAAUCAGAAACGGUGUAGUUUACAGGAAGAGUAAUGACGGAAGAUUAUUAUUCUAUGUUCCAACAGAUGUGGAAGACCACGUUUUAUAUAAAUAUCACAACGAAAUAGGACACAUAGGUAGAGACAAAAUGACAAACAUAAUUAACAAAAGUUAUUGGUUUCCAAACGUUAAAGAAAAAUGUUCCGGUCACAUUGAAAAUUGUUUGAAGUGCGUUGCGUUUUUACCUAAAUCAGGAAAAGAAGGAUAUUCACACUCCAUUCCAAAAGGAAAUAUGCCAUUUGAGCUAAUCCACAUCGAUCAUUACGGUCCGGUUGACUCGGGUAGAUCAAAAAAGCACAUAUUAGUAGUUGUUGAUGCUUUUACAAAGUUCGUGCGUUUAUAUACAACAAGAACAACGAAUACACGAGAGGUCAUCGUUUCGUUAAAAGACUACUUUAGAGCAUACAGCAAACCCAAAUGCAUAAUUUCAGAUCGAGGGAGUUGCUUCACAUCAAACGAAUUCGACGAGUUCCUGACAGAGACUGAUAUCAAACACAUUAAAAUCGCUAACGGAUCGCCUCAAGCAAAUGGUCAGGUGGAACAAGUCAAUAGAAGCCUUGGGCCAAUGAUAGCGAAAUUAGUAGAACCAGAAAAGGGUAUACAUUGGGAUGCAGUAAUAGACAAAGUAGAACAUGUAUUAAAUAACACACAGCACAGGAGCACAAAGCAAGUGCCUUGUAAACUUUUAUUCGGCAUAGAACAGAGAGGAAAAAUUAUAGACGAAUUAAAAGAAAAACUAGAAGAGUUAAAUGAAGUACAAGAAAACAAAGAUCUAACAGAAUUAAGAGAUAAAGCGGCGGAAAAUAUAGAGAUAGCUCAAGCGUGCAACAAAAAGCAAUAUGACAAGGGCUUAAAGAAACCCAAGGAGUACAAGGAAGGAGACUAUGUGAUGGUUAAAAAUUAUGAUUGCACAGUGGGAGCAUCUAAAAAACUAAUCCCCAAAAACAAAGGCCCCUAUGUAAUCGAAAAAGUUUUAAAAAAUGACAGGUUUUUGUUAAAAGAUGUAGAAGGUUUUCAAGUAUCCCGUAACCCAUAUCAAGGUGUUUGGAGUAUCAAAAACAUAAAACAGAAAUAAAAGCUAAUAUAUAUACAUAUAAGGAAAAAAUGUAAUAUAUGCUAAGUGUAUUGUUAUCCACAAUGGAAUUUCCUUAUCUUUAAGUGGAUUAGGUGAUCCAGCAGUCAGGAUGGCCGAGUUGUGGUAGGAUAACCCAUAUCACUCAGUACGGCAGCCCCAUUACAACCUAUAUCAGCCAAUACGGCAUCCCUAGCUUAGAUUAAGAAUCCAUAAAUGUACGGCCACCCCAGAAAAAUACCGAAGAUACGGGCACAUGAAAAGUAUGUAGAUCGACGCUCGUUCAUUCUAAAUGGCGGAUGAGUGGAAUAAAGACGUGUUCGGAAAAGUAAAUUGUCCAUCCUAUUUCACUCUCACAAUCUCAGAAGUGCGCCCUACUCACAAUGUGCGACAUCGAAUUAAACCAAUUCUCGGUAGUGCAAGAGAAGGUUCGAUCGGCCAAGCGGAGCAGCAGCAGUUGGCAGAGGAAGCACCAACUAUGGCGCCGACAGUCGUAGAAGAGGCAGCACCAUCGAUUCAAGACAUGCAGGAGGAAUUUCUACUAUACACGGAACAGCCUAGCGCAGUAGAAGCCGAGAACGACGUCCUGAUGAAAUUACGCGCAGAGAUAGAUGCAGGCAGAGUCUUGAUGAAAAAAAAUCAUGACGAAAUAAACAAGAUCGUGCAUGUCGGCCAAGCCAAUGACGUCAUCAACGAGGGCAACGAAGCUACCGAUAUCGAUAACAGUGGCAGCGCUAACAGCACCACAGUUAACAGUGGCUGCGCUAACAGCACCAAUGUUAACAGCACCAUCGACCACAGUGAUGGAAAAGGCUCCGAUUCAGACAGUGUUGCAAAACGUCAGGACACAAAUGUAAACAACAUAUGGGGAGCUUCGGCAACAUCGCUCACAUUGGCAAAGGAAGUGACUAUGGAAUUCGACGGGACACAGUGCGCCAAAAACUGGGUCAUACAGCUGGAUAAUAUUGCCGAAAUCUAUAAGCUGGACAAAAUCACUAAACGAAUGCUCCUGAUUGCUAAGCUCAAAGGAAACGCUCAGAGUUGGCUCCAUGCAGAUUCCGCACGUAUAUUGGAAUCAGCUCAUUACUUGUGCGAGCAAUUGAUCGUGGCAUUUGGGGCAACCUUGAACAAAGGAGAACAAAGAGACAGAUUCCAAAAUCGUCAAUGGCGUUCAGAAGAAAAUUUUGCCACAUAUUUUGAAGAAAAAAUGAUGCUGGCUAGAAACAUCAACAUAGACACCGAGGAGUUGAAGGAAAAGAUAAUCGAUGGAAUUCCGGCUUCGGGCUUGCGAGAUCAGGCUCGCAUUCAGUGCUUCUCGGAUCCGAAGCAAAUUCUACGUGCAUUCUCGGAAAUCCGCCUUCCGCAGCGGAAGCAGUAUGCCACACCAGUCUCGGCAGAUGCUGCAGCUAACAAGGGCUUACGCUGCGCCAACUGCAACUCACGUGGUCACUUCGCCAAGGACUGCUUCAAGCCAAAAAGGAAGCCUGGAUCCUGCUACGCAUGUGGGGCAUUUGGCCACCUUGUCGGACAAUGCCCGGAGAGAAAAAGCGUAACCAACAACAAUUAUGUAAGAUACUGUAAGAUUUUCUUAUGCAAUAAGAUUGUAACAUCAUUAAUUGCAGCAUGCCUCAUAGACUCUGGGAGUCUAUUCGUUCUAUUAAGUCUAUUCUAGUCGUUCGUUAAGAAAAGUUUAAUUUCUACAAAAACCAUCAUGGAGCCAGUUCUGAAUCAUAUUUUGGGCUGAAUCGAAGCCAAUUGAAAACAUUUGGAAAAAUAUUAUGUUAUGUUUUGAAAGGAGGAAUAAAAUGUUUUUUUCAUUUGAACGUGGUAUCGAACGAGUCUAUGAGUCAUGGUGUGGUUCUUGGCAGAAAUUGUAUGAAUGCAUGCGCGCUAAGCUUGGACCUAAACACUUUGAAAAUGGUUACGUUAGACGCUGUAAAUGAGAAAGCUAAUAAUCAAUUAAGUAAUAAUUCAGCAAUACCGAUAGAAAGUGAUAAACUGCAAAUUAAAACAAUGGGCAUGAGUAUAGGAAAAAACGAAAAGUUUAAUGAUAACGCUAAUAAAAUAGUUAGAGAUGAGGUGAUUAAAGAAGCCAAAAUUGAUGAAAUUGUUAGUGAUACCGUUAGUAAAGAGAUUGAUGAAAUUUGUGAUACCGUUAGUAAAGAGAUUGAUAAAAUUGUUAGUGAUACCGUUAGUAAAGAGAUUGAUAAAACUGUUAGUGACACAAUUCAUAAAAUGAUUGAUGAAAUUAUUAGUUAUACCGUUAGUAACGAUGAUAAUAUAAUUGUUAGUGAAGACGUUAGCAAGGAUAGUGAAAUUGUUACGGAAGUAGUUAGUAAAGCAGGUACUGAAAAUUUGAUCGAUCAUACCAGACCAAUCAGCUAUAUAAGUGAAACAGGUACUUCGAUAAAUGACGAUGCGGUCGUUACUGAUGGAAUCGUUAGUAGCAAAGCUGAGGACACAUACAAUGAAAUCAUUGCUCCAGACAUUUUUAAUAUCAAUUAUUUGGAAGAUGAAAAAGUCGAUUACAUCUGCGGAGAAAAAAUAAGUCAUGAGCUAAAAUGUCAACUAAGGCAAGCAAUCGAAGACUAUUAUGUAAACACUGUAAGGCCAAAGGAACCUUUAGUUAAAUGCGAGAUAAAACUUAGUUUAGAAAAAUCAAAACCGUUUAGCUGUGCUCCAAGGCGACUGUCAUAUAACGAAAAAGAUAAACUGCAACAAUUAUUAGACGAAUAUUUAAAGAACGGGAUAAUACGACCAAGUGAUUCCGAAUACGCUUCCCCUAUCGUAUUGGUUAAAAAGAAAACAGGGGAUUUAAGGUUAUGUAUAGAUUUUAGAAAACUUAAUCAAAGAAGGACAACUAUCCCAUACCCCUCAUCGAUGAUUUGCUCGACAAACUAGCCAACAAAAAGAUCUUUACGAAGCUUGACCUCAAAAAUGGUUACUUUCAUGUGUUUGUUAAUGAGGAAUCGAUUAAAUAUACAUCGUUCGUGACACCUUUAGGACAAUUCGAGUUCCUCAGAAUGCCGCAGGGUCUGAAAACGGCAUCAGCAGUGUUUCAAAGGUUCGUUAACAAGAUAUUCGAUGAUUUGAUUAGAGAUGAUAAAGUUAUUGUUUACAUGGACGACAUAAUGGUUGCCAGCAGAAAUAUACAAGAACACUAAGAAACGCUAAAGGAAGUCUUCAAUAGAUUAGCGAAAAACAAGUUAGAAUUGCGAAUAGACAAAUGUGAGUUCUUACAAUCAAACAUAAAAUAUCUGGGGUUUUUAAUAAAUGGGCAAGGUAUAACAGCAGAUGACAGAGGAUUAGAAGCAAUCAAAAACUUUCCAAUCCAAGACAAAGUACAGGUUGUGCAAAGUUUUCUUGGCUUAUGCUCCUACUUCAGGAGAUUUAUAAAAGAUUUCUCAACUGUUGCCAAACCGCUUUACGAUCUUUUGAGAAAGGAUACCAAAUUUCAGUUUGGUGAAAAUGAAUUAAAUUGCUUUACAAUGCUGAAGGAAAUGUUAAUGCAGGCACCCAUUUUAUCAAUUUAUAAUCAUAAAGACGAGAUAGAACUGCACUGUGAUGCAGGCGCUCUUGGCUUCGGGGCAGUGUUACUUCAAAAGAAAGACGACGGAAAACUGCAUCCAAUUUUUUAUUUUUCUAAGCGAACAACUGCAGCGGAAUCAAAAUAUCACAGCUUUGAGCUGGAAACAAUGGCAAUUAUUUACGCUCUGCGCAGAUUUCGCAUAUAUUUAUAUGGAAAACGGUUCAAGAUUGUGACUGAUUGCAAUUCCCUUACGUUAACGCUCAACAAAAUUGAACUCAACCCGCGUAUUGCCAGAUGGGCUUUAGAGCUGCAAAAUUGUGAUUUUGAGCUGAGCCAUAGAGAAGGCAGCAGAAUGCAACAUGUAGAUGCGCUGAGCAGAUGCACAAAUAUGCCAAGCCAAGGAUCACAAAGUACAAAAAAUUAAGCAACAGCUAGAAGAAAAUGAACACAAGCUUUUCGAAAUCAGAAACGGUGUAGUUUACAGGAAGAGUAAUGACGGAAGAUUAUUAUUCUAUGUUCCAACAGAUGUGGAAGACCACGUUUUAUAUAAAUAUCACAACGAAAUAGGACACAUAGGUAGAGACAAAAUGACAAACAUAAUUAACAAAAGUUAUUGGUUUCCAAACGUUAAAGAAAAAUGUUCCGGUCACAUUGAAAAUUGUUUGAAGUGCGUUGCGUUUUUACCUAAAUCAGGAAAAGAAGGAUAUUCACACUCCAUUCCAAAAGGAAAUAUGCCAUUUGAGCUAAUCCACAUCGAUCAUUACGGUCCGGUUGACUCGGGUAGAUCAAAAAAGCACAUAUUAGUAGUUGUUGAUGCUUUUACAAAGUUCGUGCGUUUAUAUACAACAAGAACAACGAAUACACGAGAGGUCAUCGUUUCGUUAAAAGACUACUUUAGAGCAUACAGCAAACCCAAAUGCAUAAUUUCAGAUCAAGGGAGUUGCUUCACAUCAAACGAAUUCGACGAGUUCCUGACAGAGACUGAUAUCAAACACAUUAAAAUCGCUAACGGAUCGCCUCAAGCAAAUGGUCAGGUGGAACAAGUCAAUAGAAGCCUUGGGCCAAUGAUAGCGAAAUUAGUAGAACCAGAAAAGGGUAUACAUUGGGAUGCAGUAAUAGACAAAGUAGAACAUGUAUUAAAUAACACACAGCACAGGAGCACAAAGCAAGUGCCUUGUAAACUUUUAUUCGGCAUAGAACAGAGAGGAAAAAUUAUAGACGAAUUAAAAGAAAAACUAGAAGAGUUAAAUGAAGUACAAGAAAACAAAGAUCUAACAGAAUUAAGAGAUAAAGCGGCGGAAAAUAUAGAGAUAGCUCAAGCGUGCAACAAAAAGCAAUAUGACAAGGGCUUAAAGAAACCCAAGGAGUACAAGGAAGGAGACUAUGUGAUGGUUAAAAAUUUUGAUUGCACAGUGGGAGCAUCUAAAAAACUAAUCCCCAGAAACAAAGGCUCUAUGUAAUCGAAAAAGUUUUAAAAAAUGACAGGUUUUUGUUAAAAGAUGUAGAAGGUUUUCAAGUAUCCCGUAACCCAUAUCAAGGUGUUUGGAGUAUCAAAAACAUAAAACAGAAAUAAAAGCUAAUAUAUAUACAUAUAAGGAAAAAAUGUAAUAUAUGCUAAGUGUAUUGUUAUCCACAAUGGAAUUUCCUUAUCUUUAAGUGGAUUAGGUGAUCCAGCAGUCAGGAUGGCCGAGUUGUGGUAGGAUAACCCAUAUCACUCAGUACGGCAGCCCCAUUACAACCUAUAUCAGCCAAUACGGCAUCCCUAGCUUAGAUUAAGAAUCCAUAAAUGUACGGCCACCCCAGAAAAAUACCGAAGAUACGGGCACAUGAAAAGUAUGUAGAUCGACGCUCGUUCAUUCUAAAUGGCGGAUGAGUGGAAUAAAGACGUGUUCGGAAAAGUAAAUUGUCCAACCUAUUUCACUCUCACAAUCUUAGAAGUGCGCCCUACUCACAAUGUGCGACAUCGAAUUAAACCAAUUCUCGGUAGUGCAAGAGAAGGUUCGAUCGGCCAAGCGGAGCAGCAGCAGUUGGCAGAGGAAGCACCAACUAUGGCGCCGACAGUCGUAGAAGAGGCAGCACCAUCGAUUCAAGACAUGCAGGAGGAAUUUCUACUAUACACGGAACAGCCUAGCGCAGUAGAAGCCGAGAACGACGUCCUGAUGAAAUUACGCGCAGAGAUAGAUGCAGGCAGAGUCUUGAUGAAAAAAAAUCAUGACGAAAUAAACAAGAUCGUGCAUGUCGGCCAAGCCAAUGACGUCAUCAACGAGGGCAACGAAGCUACCGAUAUCGAUAACAGUGGCAGCGCUAACAGCACCACAGUUAACAGUGGCUGCGCUAACAGCACCAAUGUUAACAGCACCAUCGACCACAGUGAUGGAAAAGGCUCCGAUUCAGACAGUGUUGCAAAACGUCAGGACACAAAUGUAAACAACAUAUGGGGAGCUUCGGCAACAUCGCUCACAUUGGCAAAGGAAGUGACUAUGGAAUUCGACGGGACACAGUGCGCCAAAAACUGGGUCAUACAGCUGGAUAAUAUUGCCGAAAUCUAUAAGCUGGACAAAAUCACUAAACGAAUGCUCCUGAUUGCUAAGCUCAAAGGAAACGCUCAGAGUUGGCUCCAUGCAGAUUCCGCACGUAUAUUGGAAUCAGCUCAUUACUUGUGCGAGCAAUUGAUCGUGGCAUUUGGGGCAACCUUGAACAAAGGAGAACAAAGAGACAGAUUCCAAAAUCGUCAAUGGCGUUCAGAAGAAAAUUUUGCCACAUAUUUUGAAGAAAAAAUGAUGCUGGCUAGAAACAUCAACAUAGACACCGAGGAGUUGAAGGAAAAGAUAAUCGAUGGAAUUCCGGCUUCGGGCUUGCGAGAUCAGGCUCGCAUUCAGUGCUUCUCGGAUCCGAAGCAAAUUCUACGUGCAUUCUCGGAAAUCCGCCUUCCGCAGCGGAAGCAGUAUGCCACACCAGUCUCGGCAGAUGCUGCAGCUAACAAGGGCUUACGCUGCGCCAACUGCAACUCACGUGGUCACUUCGCCAAGGACUGCUUCAAGCCAAAAAGGAAGCCUGGAUCCUGCUACGCAUGUGGGGCAUUUGGCCACCUUGUCGGACAAUGCCCGGAGAGAAAAAGCGUAACCAACAACAAUUAUCAUGCCUCAUAGACUCUGGGAGUAAAAUAUCGUUCGUUAAGAAAAGUUUAAUUUCUACAAAAACCAUCAUGGAGCCAGUUCUGAAUCAUAUUUUGGGCUGAAUCGAAGCCAAUUGAAAACAUUUGGAAAAAUAUUAUGUUAUGUUUUGAAAGGAGGAAUAAAAUGUUUUUUUCAUUUGAACGUGGUAUCGAACGAGUCUAUGAGUCAUGGUGUGGUUCUUGGCAGAAAUUGUAUGAAUGCAUGCGCGCUAAGCUUGGACCUAAACACUUUGAAAAUGGUUACGUUAGACGCUGUAAAUGAGAAAGCUAAUAAUCAAUUAAGUAAUAAUUCAGCAAUACCGAUAGAAAGUGAUAAACUGCAAAUUAAAACAAUGGGCAUGAGUAUAGGAAAAAACGAAAAGUUUAAUGAUAACGCUAAUAAAAUAGUUAGAGAUGAGGUGAUUAAAGAAGCCAAAAUUGAUGAAAUUGUUAGUGAUACCGUUAGUAAAGAGAUUGAUGAAAUUUGUGAUACCGUUAGUAAAGAGAUUGAUAAAAUUGUUAGUGAUACCGUUAGUAAAGAGAUUGAUAAAACUGUUAGUGACACAAUUCAUAAAAUGAUUGAUGAAAUUAUUAGUUAUACCGUUAGUAACGAUGAUAAUAUAAUUGUUAGUGAAGACGUUAGCAAGGAUAGUGAAAUUGUUACGGAAGUAGUUAGUAAAGCAGGUACUGAAAAUUUGAUCGAUCAUACCAGACCAAUCAGCUAUAUAAGUGAAACAGGUACUUCGAUAAAUGACGAUGCGGUCGUUACUGAUGGAAUCGUUAGUAGCAAAGCUGAGGACACAUACAAUGAAAUCAUUGCUCCAGACAUUUUUAAUAUCAAUUAUUUGGAAGAUGAAAAAGUCGAUUACAUCUGCGGAGAAAAAAUAAGUCAUGAGCUAAAAUGUCAACUAAGGCAAGCAAUCGAAGACUAUUAUGUAAACACUGUAAGGCCAAAGGAACCUUUAGUUAAAUGCGAGAUAAAACUUAGUUUAGAAAAAUCAAAACCGUUUAGCUGUGCUCCAAGGCGACUGUCAUAUAACGAAAAAGAUAAACUGCAACAAUUAUUAGACGAAUAUUUAAAGAACGGGAUAAUACGACCAAGUGAUUCCGAAUACGCUUCCCCUAUCGUAUUGGUUAAAAAGAAAACAGGGGAUUUAAGGUUAUGUAUAGAUUUUAGAAAACUUAAUCAAAGAAGGACAACUAUCCCAUACCCCUCAUCGAUGAUUUGCUCGACAAACUAGCCAACAAAAAGAUCUUUACGAAGCUUGACCUCAAAAAUGGUUACUUUCAUGUGUUUGUUAAUGAGGAAUCGAUUAAAUAUACAUCGUUCGUGACACCUUUACGACAAUUCGAGUUCCUCAGAAUGCCGCAGGGUCUGAAAACGGCAUCAGCAGUGUUUCAAAGGUUCGUUAACAAGAUAUUCGAUGAUUUGAUUAGAGAUGAUAAAGUUAUUGUUUACAUGGACGACAUAAUGGUUGCCAGCAGAAAUAUACAAGAACACUUAGAAACGCUAAAGGAAGUCUUCAAUAGAUUAGCGAAAAACAAGUUAGAAUUGCGAAUAGACAAAUGUGAGUUCUUACAAUCAAACAUAAAAUAUCUGGGGUUUUUAAUAAAUGGGCAAGGUAUAACAGCAGAUGACAGAGGAUUAGAAGCAAUCAAAAACUUUCCAAUCCAAGACAAAGUACAGGUUGUGCAAAGUUUUCUUGGCUUAUGCUCCUACUUCAGGAGAUUUAUAAAAGAUUUCUCAACUGUUGCCAAACCGCUUUACGAUCUUUUGAGAAAGGAUACCAAAUUUCAGUUUGGUGAAAAUGAAUUAAAUUGCUUUACAAUGCUGAAGGAAAUGUUAAUGCAGGCACCCAUUUUAUCAAUUUAUAAUCAUAAAGACGAGAUAGAACUGCACUGUGAUGCAGGCGCUCUUGGCUUCGGGGCAGUGUUACUUCAAAAGAAAGACGACGGAAAACUGCAUCCAAUUUUUUAUUUUUCUAAGCGAACAACUGCAGCGGAAUCAAAAUAUCACAGCUUUGAGCUGGAAACAAUGGCAAUUAUUUACGCUCUGCGCAGAUUUCGCAUAUAUUUAUAUGGAAAACGGUUCAAGAUUGUGACUGAUUGCAAUUCCCUUACGUUAACGCUCAACAAAAUUGAACUCAACCCGCGUGUUGCCAGAUGGGCUUUAGAGCUGCAAAAUUGUGAUUUUGAGCUGAGCCAUAGAGAAGGCAGCAGAAUGCAACAUGUAGAUGCGCUGAGCAGAUGCACAAAUAUGCCAAGCCAAGGAUCACAAAGUACAAAAAAUUAAGCAACAGCUAGAAGAAAAUGAACACAAGCUUUUCGAAAUCAGAAACGGUGUAGUUUACAGGAAGAGUAAUGACGGAAGAUUAUUAUUCUAUGUUCCAACAGAUGUGGAAGACCACGUUUUAUAUAAAUAUCACAACGAAAUAGGACACAUAGGUAGAGACAAAAUGACAAACAUAAUUAACAAAAGUUAUUGGUUUCCAAACGUUAAAGAAAAAUGUUCCGGUCACAUUGAAAAUUGUUUGAAGUGCGUUGCGUUUUUACCUAAAUCAGGAAAAGAAGGAUAUUCACACUCCAUUCCAAAAGGAAAUAUGCCAUUUGAGCUAAUCCACAUCGAUCAUUACGGUCCGGUUGACUCGGGUAGAUCAAAAAAGCACAUAUUAGUAGUUGUUGAUGCUUUUACAAAGUUCGUGCGUUUAUAUACAACAAGAACAACGAAUACACGAGAGGUCAUCGUUUCGUUAAAAGACUACUUUAGAGCAUACAGCAAACCCAAAUGCAUAAUUUCAGAUCAAGGGAGUUGCUUCACAUCAAACGAAUUCGACGAGUUCCUGACAGAGACUGAUAUCAAACACAUUAAAAUCGCUAACGGAUCGCCUCAAGCAAAUGGUCAGGUGGAACAAGUCAAUAGAAGCCUUGGGCCAAUGAUAGCGAAAUUAGUAGAACCAGAAAAGGGUAUACAUUGGGAUGCAGUAAUAGACAAAGUAGAACAUGUAUUAAAUAACACACAGCACAGGAGCACAAAGCAAGUGCCUUGUAAACUUUUAUUCGGCAUAGAACAGAGAGGAAAAAUUAUAGACGAAUUAAAAGAAAAACUAGAAGAGUUAAAUGAAGUACAAGAAAACAAAGAUCUAACAGAAUUAAGAGAUAAAGCGGCGGAAAAUAUAGAGAUAGCUCAAGCGUGCAACAAAAAGCAAUAUGACAAGGGCUUAAAGAAACCCAAGGAGUACAAGGAAGGAGACUAUGUGAUGGUUAAAAAUUUUGAUUGCACAGUGGGAGCAUCUAAAAAACUAAUCCCCAAAAACAAAGGCUCUAUGUAAUCGAAAAAGUUUUAAAAAAUGACAGGUUUUUGUUAAAAGAUGUAGAAGGUUUUCAAGUAUCCCGUAACCCAUAUCAAGGUGUUUGGAGUAUCAAAAACAUAAAACAGAAAUAAAAGCUAAUAUAUAUACAUAUAAGGAAAAAAUGUAAUAUAUGCUAAGUGUAUUGUUAUCCACAAUGGAAUUUCCUUAUCUUUAAGUGGAUUAGGUGAUCCAGCAGUCAGGAUGGCCGAGUUGUGGUAGGAUAACCCAUAUCACUCAGUACGGCAGCCCCAUUACAACCUAUAUCAGCCAAUACGGCAUCCCUAGCUUAGAUUAAGAAUCCAUAAAUGUACGGCCACCCCAGAAAAAUACCGAAGAUACGGGCACAUGAAAAGUAUGUAGAUCGACGCUCGUUCAUUCUAAAUGGCGGAUGAGUGGAAUAAAGACGUGUUCGGAAAAGUAAAUUGUCCAUCCUAUUUCACUCUC